GAUUAGCGUGGUACAGGAGUGCAGAGACAGAGAGAAACACGCACACACACACACGGGCACUGAGCACUGAGUUAAGAGAUGCAGACGAGCGUGUGAUGUUUUCGAGAGGAAAACUGCAUGAGGGAAGUGUGCGCUGAAACACCUGAACUGGAUACCUGCAAGCCAAACCUCGCCACUUUACACAACAACAGAGUGCUGAGGGUACAGCUACAGGGCCUGAACUGAAGCCUCAAACACAGCAUAGAAUGAUGCAGUAGAUCAGUCUCAAACAACUGCUCUUUCUGCUCUCCAGGAACUCAAGUCUCUAUUGGCAGGGUCUGUGCUGUGUAUGAGAGUGUGCACUGCGGGGUGUCAGGAUGCCGAUUCCGAAUCUCUGGGUGUAGACGGAGAGCACUGCUCUUUCUUGACCCCUCUCACUGCGGCCAAUCUCAACCUCAUGGCAGACACCAUGGGCAGCAACAGAGCCAACAGGUACAGCAUCGUCUCUCCAGAUGAAGAAGGCCUGAAGAUCUCCACGUUGGGGCUGCACAACGGCCACGGAUCGCCCAGCCGCCUGCCCUCACCCGGCAGUGCCCUCAGUGGCUCCGGGUUGGGUGGGGCCAUGGAGAAUACCUACAAUGGAAAGAUCUCCACCACAGGUCGGGGCCAACUACGAAGCCGGUUUGUAAAGAAGAAUGGCCAGUGUAACGUAAUCUUCUCCAACAUGGAGGACAAGCCUCGCCGUUACUUGGCUGACAUCUUCACCACCUGUGUGGACAUCCGCUGGCGCUACCUGCUGCUGAUCUUCUGCAUCACUUUCCUGGCAUCAUGGCUGAUCUUUGGAGUGAUCUUCUACAGUGUUUCCUUGGCUCAUGGAGACUUUGACCCAGAGCGGAAAAUACAAGGCACAGGCGAGGGGCAACAGAAGCCAUGGAAGCCAUGUUUGCUGCAUGUGGAGGGUUUUGUGGGGGCCUUCCUGUUCUCCAUUGAGACACAGACCACAAUAGGCUAUGGUUGGCGCUGUGUCACUGAAGAGUGCCCUGUGGCUGUGGUGACGGUCGUGAUACAGUCCAUCGUGGGAUGCAUCAUUGACUCUUUCAUGAUUGGCACCAUUAUGGCAAAGAUGGCACGACCGAAAAAGCGAAACCAGACACUUUUGUUCUCGCAGAAUGCUGUUAUUGCCCUGCGGGACGGAAAGCUAUGCCUCAUGUGGCGGGUUGGGAACCUCCGGAAAAGCCAUAUCGUGGAGGCCCAUGUCCGGGCACAGUUGAUCCGCCCAUAUGUGACAGCAGAGGGUGAGUUUAUCCCACUUGAGCAGAUGGACUUGAAUGUGGGCUAUGACGAAGGCAUCGACCGCCUUUUCCUAGUCUCUCCACUGGUGAUUGUGCAUGAGAUUGAUGAAGACUCUCCGCUGUGGGCGAUGAGCCGGGCAGAUCUGGAAACAGAUGACUUUGAGAUUGUGGUUAUACUGGAAGGCAUGGUGGAGGCUACUGCCAUGACCACGCAAGCAAGGAGCUCCUACCUUUCUCGGGAGAUCCUCUGGGGUCACCGCUUUGAGCCAGUCAUCUUUGAAGACUGUGACCGCUACCGAGUGGACUAUGCUCGCUUCCACAAGACCUAUGAGGUUCCGUCUACCCCUGCCUGCAGUGCCAAGGAGCUAAGCGAGUUGGCAAGUCAUCGCUCUUCCACCUCAUCGCGCUCUGGGACGCCUGUUAGCCGCAGGACGCAGUGCUUGCGACCACCUCACUCACCUAGCGCCUUCUGCUAUGAGAACGAGGUGGCUUUCUGCUCUGCGGAAGAAGAAGAGGUGGAGAGGCAGAACGAUCAUUUAAAGGAAGAACUAGCAACACUGGAUAUAGAUCUGGCAACAAUGACCACAAAUAGUGUUCCAAAAGACUUCCAGAAAAUGUUCCAUGACACAGCGACCAUGACAUCCAGCAACAACGUCCUUUGCAUGCUGGAUAUGGACAACCAGAUAGAGUUUGAUAUUCUGCAGACGACUCUUCCACUCGAUCCGCUAACAUACAAGAGCGAGUCUGAGAUAUGA